GUGCGCCACUGUCCAGCUGCUCAUUGGCAUCUGGUCUGGCCUCUCCUGUUCUGGCCAUGUUAAGCCUUAGUUCCUGUGACUAUGGGUGGGUUUCCAUGGCAUUGGCAACUAACAUCGUUACCUACAGGUUGUCGUUGAAAACUUAAGUGUUGGGGAAGUAGUAGGCAGUGGGCAAUCGCAAGUGCUAAGGUGUUUCUCCCAUUCUUGUGACAUUUGUAGCCUCCUUACAUUGGGGUGGGAUAUUCUAAACCAAAGCACACCUGUCUACAGACAUAGACUCUCCGAAAGGUAUUAAACACAUAACAUGACCCGAGCUCAGUGAACUGGCAAGCUCACACAGUGGGGCUGCCUGCGCACAGUAGGCAGGAGAAGACUGCUGUCAGCUUUUAGUUUGCAUGUCUCAGGUUGAGAUUAGUACGGCAAAAAGAAGUCGUCUCUAACUUCUGCUUUCCGUUCCAAACGGAGGAAAUCACCACACCAAAUACAGGGGGGAAAAGUAGCCUCACAAAGGCUCCAAAGCUGUUCUCGUUGAAUAUCACUUGAGGCCUCCAGGGGGCAGCACCAAGGCGGAGCCCGGGACUGAGAUCCCUCUGUCCUCUUGGUCGGGGCUCCCCACGGCUCCCCUCCCACCACCCCUCCCAUUCCGUCCAACUUUAUUUUUAGCUGCCAGUGGGAGGGGGCAGGAUUGGAGGGAAAAGUAAAGAAAACAGCGAAGGAGAGGGACAGAGAGGCGCAGAGGGCUUCUUGGACAAGACCGGACAAGCAGGCAUGGCGCGCCUCCCCGUCCCUCACCUGUUCGUGCCCCUGGUGAUGCUGACAGGUCUCUGCUCCCCCUUUAAUCUGGAUGAGCAUCACCCACGCCUGUUCACAGGGCCACCGGAGGCCGAAUUUGGAUACAGCGUCUUACAGCAUGCUGGGGGUGGACAGCGAUGGAUGCUGGUGGGCGCCCCUUGGGAUGGGCCUUCAGGUGACCGGCGGGGGGAUGUUUACCGCUGCUCUAUAGGGGGACCCCACAAUGCCCCAUGUGCCAAGGGCCACCUGGGUGACUAUCGACUGGGAAAUUCCUCUCAGCCUGCUGUGAACAUGCACCUGGGCAUGUCUCUGCUAGAGACAGAUGAUGACGGGGGAUUCAUGGCCUGUGCCCCGCUCUGGUCUCGCGCCUGUGGCAGCUCUGUCUUCAGUUCUGGAAUAUGUGCCCGUGUGGAUGCUUCAUUCCGGCCCCAGGGAAGCCUGGCACCCACUGCCCAACGCUGUCCUACAUACAUGGAUGUCGUCAUUGUUUUGGAUGGCUCCAAUAGUAUCUACCCCUGGUCUGAAGUCCAGACUUUCCUUCGGAGGCUGGUAGGGAGACUGUUCAUUGAUCCGGAGCAGAUACAGGUCGGGCUGGUCCAGUACGGGGAGAGCCCUGUGCAUGAGUGGUCCCUGGGAGAUUUCCGAACCAAGGAAGAAGUAGUGAGAGCAGCCAGGAACCUCAGUCGGCGGGAGGGACGAGAAACAAGAACGGCCCAAGCAAUCAUGGUGGCCUGCACAGAAGGGUUCAGUGAGUCCCGGGGGGGCAGACCCGAGGCUGCCAGGCUGCUGGUGGUUGUCACUGAUGGCGAAUCCCAUGAUGGAGAGGACCUUCCAGCAGCACUAAAGGCCUGCGAGGCUGGGAAAGUAACACGUUACGGGAUUGCGGUCCUUGGUCACUAUCUCCGGCGACAGAGAGACCCUAGCUCUUUUCUUCGGGAAAUCAGAGACAUCGCUAGUGAUCCAGACGAGCGAUUCUUCUUCAACGUCACAGAUGAGGCCGCACUGACAGACAUUGUGGACGCACUGGGAGACCGGAUUUUUGGUCUUGAAGGGUCCCGUGGAGAAAAUGAAAGCUCCUUUGGGCUAGAAAUGUCUGAGAUUGGCUUCUCCACCCACCGGCUACAGGAUGGGAUUCUCUUUGGGAUGGUGGGGGCCUACGACUGGGGGGGCUCGGUGCUAUGGCUUGAAGAAGGUCGCCGCCUCUUCCCCCCACGAACGGCCCUGGAAGAUGAGUUUCCCCCUGCACUGCAGAACCACGCAGCCUACCUGGGUUACUCUGUUUCCUCCAUAAAUCUGCCGGGUGGACGGCGCCUCUUUCUCUCGGGGGCACCGAGGUUUAGACAUCGAGGAAAGGUCAUAGUCUUCCAGCUAAAGAAAGAUGGGUCUCUGAGGGUCACCCAGAGCCUCCAGGGGGACCAGAUUGGCUCGUACUUUGGCGGUGAGCUGUGCCCACUGGAUACAGACAGUGACGGAAUAACUGAUGUCUUACUUGUGGCGGCCCCCAUGUUUCUGGGUCCCCAGAACAAAGAGACCGGACGUGUUUACGUGUAUGUGGUGGGCCAGCAAAGUCUGCUGAUGCUCCAAGGAACCCUUCAGCCAGAACGCCCCCAGGAUUCUCGAUUUGGCUUUGCCAUGGCUGCUCUUCCUGACCUGAACCAAGAUGGUUUCGCUGAUGUGGCUGUGGGGGCACCCCUGGAGGAUGGGCACCAGGGAGCGCUAUACCUGUAUCAUGGAGCCCAGAAUGGGAUCAGGCCCCAUCCUACCCAGCGGAUCGCUGCUAGAUCCAUGCCACAGGCCCUCCGCUACUUCGGCCGAAGCGUGGACGGCCGGUUAGAUCUGGAUGGAGAUGAUCUCGUGGACGUUGCUGUGGGUGCCCAUGGGGCAGCCAUCCUGCUCAGCUCCCAGCCCAUCAUACACCUGCUUCCAAGCCUGGAUGUGAUGCCGCCGCACAUCAGCGUCGUUCAGAAGGACUGUAGGCGAAGAGGCCAGGAAGCAGCCUGCCUGACAGCAGCCCUGUGCUUCCAAGUGACCUCUCACACUCCAGGGCGUUGGGACCGCAGGUUCUACAUACGCUUCUCAGCAUCACUGGAUGAGUGGACAGCCGGGGCGCGUGCAGCGUUCGAUGGCUCUGGCCAGCGGCUGUCCCCGAGACCGCUCCAGCUCACUGUAGGGAAUGUCACCUGUGAACGGCUGCACUUCCACGUGCUGGAUACGUCGGAUUACCUCCGGCCAGUGGCCUUGACUGUGACUUUUGCCUUGGACAACACCACCAAGCCAGGACCUGUGCUGGAUGAGGGAUCGUCCACCUCUGUCCAAACACUGGUCCCCUUCUCAAAAGACUGUGGCCCUGACAAUGAAUGUAUCACAGACCUGGUGCUUCAAGCUGAUAUGGACAUCAGAGGCUCCAGGAAGUCUCCAUUUGUGGUUCACGGCGGCCGGCAGAAACUGCUGGUGUCAGCAACCCUGGAGAACAAGAAGGAAAAUGCCUACAACACUAGCCUGAGUCUCAGGUUCUCUAGAAACCUCCACCUGGCCAGUCUUACUCCUCAGAGGGCCAAAUCGGUGAAGGUGGAAUGUUCGGUCCCUUCUCCCCACGCCCGGGUGUGCAUCGUGGGCCACCCAGUCUUCCAGGCGGGGGCCAAGGUGACCUUUCUGCUAGAGUUCGAAUUUAGCUGCACCUCGCUCCUGAGCCAGGUCUUGGUGAGGCUGACUGCCAGUAGCGGUAGCCUGGAGAAGAACGAGACCCUUCCAGAUAACGCAGCCCAGACCUCUGCCCACAUCCGGUACGAGCCUCAGCUCCUGUUCUCUAGCGAGUCCACUCUGCAUCGAUACGAGGUUCACCCUUACAGAACUCUCCCAGCGGGUCCUGGCCCUGAAUUCAAAACCACUCUCAGGGUUCAGAACCUUGGCUGUCACGUGGUCAGUGGCCUCAUCAUCUCAGCCCUCCUUCCCGCGGUAGCCCACGGGGGCGAUUACUUCCUGUCGUUAUCUCAGGUCAUCAGUAGCAACGCAAGCUGCACGGUGCAGAACCUGACUGAGCCCCCAGGGCCCCCUGUGCACCCAGAGGAACUUCGGCACACAGACCGACUGAACGGGAGUAACAGCCGCUGCCAGGUAGUGAGGUGCCGCCUUGGACAGCUGGCAAAGGGGACUGAGAUCUCUGUUGGACUGCUGAGGCUGGUCCACAACGAGUUCUUCCGGAGGGCCAAGUUCAAGUCGCUGACAGUGGUCAGCACCUUCACGUUAGGAACCGAGGACGGCAGCGUCCUGCAACUGCCAGAGGCCUCCUCCUGGAGUGAGAGCCUGCUGGAGGUGAUUCAGACGCACACCACCCCCAUCUCCCUGUGGAUCCUCGUGGGCAGUGUCCUGGGAGGGCUGCUCCUGCUGGCGCUCCUGGUCUUCUGCCUCUGGAAGGUGAGCCCAGCUUUUGUGGGUGGUGGGAGCAUUGUGCCCACAGUUUGGAGCAUCUUACUGUCGAGAAAAGCAGCCUGUAUGCUGGGCAGUUAAACAGGCCGGGGGUGUUAUGUUUGGACGUCCUUCACUCUAGUCCACAGACGUUGCCGGAGUCAAACCAAGCCAAAGAAAAUAAAAUUGAAUCCCGUUUUUGGGAGCAGAACAAA